GUUCUGGCAGCGUGCAGGUCCUCAAGGGUGGGUGGGGGGUACCGACAAUCCUUUCAGCAGUUUUGAUUGUCCGUUGCAGUCGGAGUUUGUCCUUUUUUGUAGCAGCACCAAACCAGACUGUGAUGGAAGAACACAGGACUGAUUCGAUGACCGCUGUGUAGAACUGCCUCAGCAGCUCCCGUGGCAGGCCGUGCUUUCUCAGAAGCCGCAGGAAGUACAUUCUCUGCUGGGCCUUUUUGAGGACAGAGUUGAUGUUUGUCGCUCACUUCAGGUCCUGAGAGACUGUAAUUCCCAGGAACUUGAAGGUCUCGACGGUUGACACAUGGCAGCUGGACAACGUGAGGGGCAGCUGUGGCGGAGGAUGCCUACUGAAGCCCACGAUCAUCUCUACAGUCGUGAGCGUGUUCAGCUCUAGGUUGUGUCGGCCGCACCGCAGCUCCAACCGCUCCGCUUCCUGUCGAUAUUGAGACUCGUCACCGUCUUUGAUGAGGCCGAUGACAGGAGUUCACGAGUUUGACAGCUGGGUGCGUUGAGGUGCAGUCGUUCGUGUAGAGAGAGAAGAGCAGCGGAGAGAGGACACAACCUUGGGGCGCCCCAGUGCUGAUGCUGCGUGUGGAUGAGGUGGUCUCCCCCAGCCCCACCUGCUGUGUCCUGCCCGUCAGAAAGCUGUAAAUCCACUGGCAGAUGGCAGGUGGGCCGCGAGGAGCCGGCCAUGUCAAUGGACACCAGCGGGAAGAUUAUUUGGGCCAAGCACCGUCAAAUACAGCAGGCCAACUUGAUGGUGUUGUAGGAUGGUAUCUCUCCGCCGGUCCUUCGCGUGUUCGUUGAAUUUCGGAUGAUGAGAAUGUUGGAGUCCGAAUCAGAGACUGGAAAUGAACUUCUUUGAGAUCUUUAUUGCAGAAUAUUCUGGGUACAAAUGUUCUACAGGCAAAGGCUGCAGCUGCACAAAAUGUGCUCAAAUGUGCGCUUUCUCAGCGUUCAGUGCGAGAUUAUAUACAGUGUUCAGGGCGGUGUUUAAAGCUUGAGCAGGGUGGAUCCAAGGUCACAGCAUUCUCUUCUUGGGACAAAACAUCCUGUUUGCGGCUGACGUAGUUUUCACAGUUACGUGAUUAUCUGAUUAUCAGAACAUUUUAAUACUGAGGUUAGGUUACAAAACAUAACAGUGCACAAAUAAGUCUAUGUAUGAUCAUGACAUCAGUAUAUCACGUGCGAGGGCCUUCAAUCCCCCAGGAUAUGUUAAAUAGCAUGUAAGAGAAUGUACGAUUACAAAAAUAUGCCCGCGGGGUCAUCGAGCAUCUCAGGGGUAUCCCCUGAAGACAAGAGUGGCAUCAUCUGGGCGGGGUUAUUAACAUCUCUCUUUUCGAUAGCUGCUGUAAUGAGCUGCUGGCUAAGAGAGCGCAAGCAAGAAAUGCAACAACAUCCACAUAUUGUGAGAAAAGCACCAAACACAGCAAUAGAAAUAAAAAUAGAAGAUACCAGAGCCUUAUAACGUCCAAAAACACUCAUCCAAUUGUCCCAAAUAGAAGUAUCUACCCCGGAAUGUUGCUUCAUCUUUUUGUUUAAUGUUCUGAGCCCUACAAUUGCAGAGGUUAGGCUGCCAUCAGAAGCUGUGUUAUUAGGAAUAAAAGUGCAACAUUGUUCGCCAAACAUGGAGCAUACGCCUCCUUUUUCUGCCAGGAGCAUAUCUAAAGCAAUGCGAUUCUCGAAAGCCAUCAGAGAGGUGGCGGCUAGUUGACCAUGUACCGCUUCAAAUCCGCUUUGUGUCCAAUUUCCUAAGCGUUGCACAUUGUAAUGUAUGUAAUUAAUUAUAUCUGUGUUUUUAUUUAUAGUACACCACCAACAGAUUGUGGAUUCAAAUCCUGCGGCUAACUCUCUUGAGAUGUUAAUAUAAUAAAAAGGGUUGUGAUGUAACAACAAAUUUAAACAUUUUCCACUUGCGGGCCAUUGUUGGGUGGUGUUUUUUCAGGAUUGUUGCUAGAGAGCGCUGUCAGCUUCUUCAGGACCUGGGGUUAGACUACCCGGUCCUAGGUUGAGUCACCGGGAUUAUUCUGCCCGUGUACUGUGAUCUCAACCUUUGAUGAGUGAUGUCCUCACUGGGAUGGGAUCUGGUCUGGCGUUGACAUGCAGUCAGUACUUGUGGCAAUGAUGAUCUGUCGAGACGGGGUCUUUGCUGGUCGUAUAGCGGUGAGGUGGUACCACGUCUCCCCCUUAUCUUGUAGGCGGACAGCAGACGAUGUUCUCGCCGUCACUUUAUGAGGACCUGUCCACCUGGGUUCAGACCACUUUCUUUUGGUUACUUUCAACCAUACAAAUUCACGUUCAUGCAUUACCAAAGGAGCGUCGGGUUGUUUUGCAGUUAGUUGCGAAAAAGCAAGCGUUAGUUGUUUGAGCUCCGGAGGGCCGGACACAUCUGUUGUCUCCAGUGGAGCUGUUGGAGCCGGAAACGGUCUGUUAGUAUGACAUUCAAAUGGAGUCCAGCCUUUGGCUGAAUUGAGUGACAUUCGUACAUUCAUCAAAGCCAAAGGAAGGGCUUGUAGCCAAUUGAGAUUUGAAGUAGCUAAAGCUUUGGCCAAUUUUUCCUUAAUGUUCCGAUUCAUUCUUUCUACUUGUCCUUGGGACUGUGGGUGAUAUACUGAACCAAAUGUGUGCUUCAGUCCCAGGGCUUUUUCUACUUCCUGCAAAUGUUUGUUUUUAAAAUGGGUCCCAUUAUCAGACCUUAUUUUAUUUGGGAACCCAUGAGAUGGAAUAUAAUGGUUAACCAAAUGUUUAACCACUAUGUUUGCCGUUUCUGUUUUGCAGGGAUAGGCUUCAGGCCAACCGGAGAAGGAAUCCACUAUCACUAGUAGAUACCUGUAACCGGACACACUUUUAAUCAUGUCUGUAAAAUCCAUUGAAACCACCUGCCCAGGUGCCGUCACGUCCAUAUCGUGAGUUCCCUGGGGUGAUUUCGUGGAUGCCACCAGGUGUGGAGUCGUCUCAGUGUUUCUUCCACGCCUACAUGGCAUGCUCCAUGAGCUUCGCUUAUCAACAGUUUUAAUUGCUUCUGAGGGCCUUCAAUGGAAAUGGGUGAUGCUGAGAUUAAGGAUGGAGAGAGGCUCCCACUGGCGGUGAAAGACUUGGAAAGUUUUGAGAUACACCCUCAAACUAUCCAGCAUAACCCCAACGGGAGGUUUGUUGCAGUGUGUGGCAAUGGAGAGACAUCAUCUGUACUGCCAUAGCUCUGAGAAUCAAAUUCUUCGGCUCAGCACAGGAGUUUGCUUGGGCACAUGACUCAUCUGAAUAUGCGAUUAGAGAAAGCAGAAGCGUCGUGAAAAUAAUGCAGAAUUUCAAAGUAAAGAAAUCAUUCACGCCUGACUUUGAAGCAAAGGGCAUCUAUGGAGGUUUCUUGCUUGGGGUGAGGUCAGUGAAUGAUCUGGGAUUUUAUGAUUGGGAGAACACCGAACUGAUCCGCCGCAUUGAGAUCCAACCUAAACACAUCUUCUGGUCGGACUCUGGUCAGUUGGUCUGCAUCGCGACUAAAGAUCCUUUGAUACAUGGCUAAUAAAGUAGCUGCCUCACGAGAGAACAACGAAGGAGUGACGGAGGACGGCAUUGAGGAUGCUUUUGAGGUCCAGGGAGAGGUCCGGGAGAUCGUGAAGACUGGACUCUGAGUUGGCGACUACUUCAUUUACACCAACUCUCUGAACAGACUCAGCUACUUUGUAGGGGGAGAGAUUGUGUCAUGAUUCCCGCACUCCUGCCUUGCCUCCCUGCUUCCCUGCAAUUGGGUCCACCAUGUUCUUGCCUUGCGUUCCUCGCCUUCGCCCUAACAACGUACGUGACAGAAUGAACCGACCAGAACAGGACCCAGCGGGAAGAACAUGGCGUCACCCUGGACGCCACCAAACUGCCUCCCACCGUCCUCAGCCUGCCAUCCAUACCUACCCUCCUCCAGCUGAGGAAGCGACUGCAGCUCCCGUUCCGGCUCCUCGGCAGCUGCGCCAGGCUCCUGUUCCGGCUCCUCGGCAGCUGCGCCAGGCGGCGCUCCGGCGGCGCUCGUCCAGCGGCCGCCACCCAUCCUUGCUCCGGCGGCGCUUGUCCAGCGGCCGCCACCUGACCCUGCUCCGGCGGCGCUCGUCCAGCGGCCGCCACCCGACCCUGCUCCGGCGGCGCUCGUCCAGCGGCCGCCACCCGUCCUUGCUCCGGCGGCGCUCGUCCAGCGGCCGCCACCCGUCCUUGCUCCGGCGCCGCUCGUCCAGCGGCCGCCACCCGAACCUGCUCCGGCGGCGCUUGUCCAGCGGCCGCCACCCGUCCUUGCUCCGGCGGCGCUCGUCCAGCGGCCGCCACCCGUCCUUGCUCCGGCGGCGCUCGUCCAGCGGCCGCCACCCGACCCUGCUCCGGCGGCGUUCGUCCAGCGGCCGCCACCCAACCCUAUUGCCUGGCCCCUGCAUUACCAUUGGGUUCGGCACUGUGGCCGUCCGCCUGAAUGGCCCUGUAAAGACCCUGGUGCUUGGCAUCCUGGACGACCUCCUAAACCGCUCAGCCAAGCACCUCACCUCGGGUGGCCUGGAUGGCCACCAGACUGACCUGAGGGGUGGACUCUGUACCCUCCUCCAGGCCCCCUUCCGCCCACCCUGGGUUGAUGACUUUUUGGUUGUUGUUUGGGUAACGUCUGGGAUCCGUUCCUUUAGAGGGGGGGUACUGUCAUGGUCUGUGUUUUGGUUUGGGUUGGGUUUAGUUUUGUUCCAUGUUUUCCUGUGUUCCAUGUUUGUCGUGUGCUCAUUAGGUUGUUGUGUCCACCUGUUCUCGUCUACUUUGUGUCGACCAAUCAGCUCUCUCCAGCCACUCGUGUCUUGUCCAGGUGUUCCUCGUUGUCUCGUCAAUUUGUUUUGUAUUUAGUUCCCUGGUUUUUUUCAGUCCUUGUCGGUUCAUUGUCGUUGUCACACGUCUUGCCAUCUCAUUGUCGCCCGUUGUUCAGUCGCCAGUUGUUUAGUCACCAGUUGUUUUAAUCAUUGUGAUUAAAUAUUAUUUUGAGAUUCCCGCACUCCUGGCUUGCCUCCCUGCUUCCCUGCAAUUGGGUCCACCAUGUUCUUGCCUUGCGUUCCUCGCCUUCGCCCUAACCACGUACGUGACAGAUUGUCACUUUUGCUCACUUGGACAGAACCUUGUAUUUACUGGGCUACUUAGCCAAACAUGACCAUCUCUAUCUGAGAGACGGGGGCCUCAACAUUGUCAGCUACCUCCUGCUGGUCUCAGUCCUCAAGUACCAGACUGCUGUCAUGAGGAGGGACUCGGUGUGGCCGAUAAGGUGCUUCCCACAAUUGCAAAAGAGCAACGGACCAGAGUGGCCCACUUCCUGGAAAAACAGGGUUUCAAGCAGCAGGCAUUAGUGCUGACGACAGACCCUGAGCACAGAUUUGGGCUGGUCUUGCAGCUGGGAGACUUGAAAAUUGCCUACCAGCUGGCUGUAGAAGGAGAG